AGCUGACUCAUCUUCUCAGACAGAUGAAGGUCAAAGCCAGAAGCAACACAUUGUGACGUCAGGCGACUUGAGGAAACGUGGGAAAACAACUUCCAAACCCUAAGUCUGAACUCACACUGGAUCAAGACUCGAUGCCAGUUAUUUAUGGAGGGAAUGCAAACAGAAACUAGCACUGUUUGGUUCCGAGCGGACGCUGUAUCUGCAGCUGCCCUCAACACCUCCAGCACCUGAGUGUUGGUGUCGUGCUCCUCCUUGUGAGCCGCGCGGCACUCAUCUCCUUCAAACGUUUGAGAACUUGGCGUGGGAUUUUCAGUUGUGGAGGAGGGCGGCACUGCAACCCUCUGCAUUACUGGAAACAGGAGGUCAAACACGUGGGCUGAAGCCUGGAGGCCAAGCAAUGGAAUGGAAUGGAGCCAGAGCUCUGCAACUUCUGAAGAUGCGACGGCUCAAGCUCAUUUAUGAUUCCAUUCAUGGUCAGAACAUCCAUCAGGGCAUCGUUGAAGAGUUUCACAAUGUCAUGUCGCCAUCAAAAUCCUCGUCAGCCAGUGGACAUGGUCCAAACUAAUACUAACACAAGUGCCACGGCCUGUUAAUUCACCUGGACUGACUGGUUGUCUGGUUCUGGCACAAAGCAUGACAAACCACUGACUGGUGUGGCUGGUGACUCACACAUCACACCCUGGCUGUGCCCUGGCCAGAGAAGUCAGUUGGUUUGCACUCACUUCCUGAGUGAAACGGACUUCGAUCCUGGGUGGACGCUGCGCUGCGGAAGCUCCCUGGAAGAAUGGAGGCAGCAGGACAGAGCCGGAUCAUUCAACAGAAAUGUUCUCGUACAAGCUCAGACAAGAGGGUCGCGGGAGGCACCUUCUCCGCUGUGGCCGCAGAGGUUCCUCAAACCUCAGUUCACCAGUCCAGAACCAUGUGUGCAGGAGAACGCAGCUACACAGACAGAAGAAAAGCAGUGGUGGCCCAGGCUCUCAACCAUCUGGGGAUCAAGUGUCCUCAACAGGACUUGGUCCCCCGCGUGGCCCUGCUGGCAUCCGGCGGCGGAGAGAGGUCGGCGCUGGCCCUGCUGGGUUCUCUCUAUCAGAUGGAGAAAGACGCUUGGCUGGACUCGCUCCUCUACUUCGCAGGCGUUUCAGGAGCCACAUGGACCAUGGCUGCAGUCUAUAGUGACCCCAUGUGGAGCACCGACAUGAACAGGACGCUGGCCCGGUUGCUUGACUCUAGAGUGGACAUUCAGGAGGUCACCUCGUGGCUGAGCGAACGCUCUGCAGCGGAGUUCUUCUCCCUCAGUGACAUCUGGGGAGCCAUGACCUCUGCGGCUCUGAUGAAACAGAUGACUGUGCGGAAUAUCUCCGAGGAGGCCACUCGAAACGUCACCAACCCCUACCCGGUUUACUGCGGGAUGGAAAACAACUGCUUCGUGAAUGGUCCAACUGAAGGUAAAUGGUUUGAGGUGACCCCCCACCAGGCUGGAUUUCCAGACUUGGGCUUCUUCGUGGAAACUUCCCUUCUGGGCAGCAGGUUUCAGAAUGGAGUGCUGGUGGAGAGGAAACCAGAGAUGGACAUGAUCCAACUACAAGGCAUUCUGGGCAGUGUGCUGGCUGACAUGGAUACUGUGAAAGAGAAACUCCCGGCCUGGCUGAACGUGUCUUGGGAGGAGGAGUCCAUCAUGGAAGAGCACCUGCAUGUCUUCAGGGCGGUCCACAAGCUCAUCCCUUCGCUCCUGGAACUUGUUCAUGAUGAGGACACUGACCUCCACCUGAGGCAGCUGGACAAACUACUGGCAGAUCGGCAAGAUCGAGAUCUGGAGUUGGUGAGAAGAAAGACUUUGACGGAGCGGCAAACCUAUUUCGACAGGUGGUGUCAAGACCUUCUGAGCACAACUGGAGCGUGGAGCCAAAGUCUGCCUGACGGAGCGGCCAAACACAGCGUGAAUCUGCUUGUUAGAAAAAUCAUUCCAUUGAUCUUAAAGUGGGAAUGGGGAACCACGCUGAACUUCCUUCAUCAACUGCCAGAACCUACCGUUCCUGAGUGCCUUCAUUCAAGAGAGAGAAUCAAUCUGGUGGAUGGAGGACUGCAUGUCAAUGUGGGCUACCCUUCGUUCCUGGGGGAGAAGAGAGACGUGGACGUCAUGAUUGUUCCUGAGAGCAGUGCCGGCGAUAUGUUUGAGACACUGACCCUGGGGAGAGAGCAUGCGGCACAGGUGAACAAACCAUUCCCGGUGAUCGACCCACAAAUCCUGGAGGAGAAAGACUGGCCUAAAGACUGUUACGUGUUUGAGGGCAAAGACAAGGAACCCACCAUCAUCUACAUGCCGCUGUUCAACAGGAAGAACUGCAAGGAUGCCGAGGAGGUGAAAAGCAGGAUGCAAGAGUUCUCCACCUUCCAGCCUCCCCUCAGUCAUGAGAAGAGGAGCUUUCUGAUUGAAGUGGGCAAAACCAACAUGAAGAACAACAAGGAGGUCAUCCUGAGGGAGAUACGGAAGGCUGCUGAGCGUCGACUGAUCCGGAGUAACCGCCAGUCCACUGGAGGCAACCAAGAGUGUGGAGUCAGGUGCUUGGUUUAACCUUGCAGGCGCGUGGCUUCUUCUAGCUGAACAGAAAAAGGCGGGCUUUGACGUUUACUCCAAUCUGCAGCCGUCCCCACCUGUUCCAGGUUCUUCGUCUUGAGUUCCACGAGCAACGGAACCACUGCUGUCAUUUAGCUACUGUGAUGUCCUUUGGGGAUUUUCCCUGAAAGGGAUCACUAUGCUACGUACAGUCCUUACGUGAAUGAAAUACUCCGCUCUUGUCAUGGCAACGAUUCCUCUUCACUCAGACUCACCAAAGGUCUAACCUGGGAGGAGUUCCCACUUGUCUGAGGAACAUUCACUUGUGCUUGCAACCGUCUUCGCUCACCCACCUCUGAUAGCCCCUCCCCUUUUUUUUACCUCAGCACGAACAUCCCACUGGAGAGAUUUCACAUUUUACCGUUGGCAUGACUCACUGGUCUUUUUCUGCUGCACCUGUGGGAUGUUGAUGUUCUGGUCAAGCUAUUAAAAUCUAAUGCAAAAGAGCCUUUUUAAAGACGUAGUUGUGUGUUCACAGUUCAAACUGACCUUUAAAUAAUGAACUAAAC